AUGGCCGGCGCUUCUCGAGACAGCAGCGGUGGCAGCGGCAGCGGCGGGGCGGGGUCCGGCGGAUCUACAGCUUCCAAAAUAUUGGCGUAG